GGGCGAGGGGUGUAGCCCUUUUGGCCACAGAUGGCGGGGCUCCACAAUGCCAAAACUUCCCACUCCCAUAUAAAUUAGUAGCAAAACACCACAAAAAAAUCAAAAUAUCCAUGUUUCUCUAGAAUCAUUCAAUUAUCAUCCAAUACGCGUCGUUUUCAAUCAAAUAUCAUCCAAAUACGCGUCUUUCUUACCUUUAUCGUCAAAUCCACAUAUAUCAAUCAACUCUUUUUUCAAUAUGCCUCGCAACGCCCGCUGUCCUGCUGCUUCACAAGCCUGUACAAAGACUCCUACUCUGCACCUCAGUCUCCCCACACUACCUGUUCCAGAAGUUCCAGUGGAUAAUGGAGAGGAUCUGGUCAAUGGUGAGAUGAAAGAGCAGGUGGAUGAGAAGGAUAUAGAGACUCAGUUUGAGAAUUCUAUAUCUGUGAAUUCCUAUCUCUGAACCAUCUCAUACAGAUUGUAUGAACAGAAGAAUCAGAAGAAUGAAUCUACAACUUCUACAAUCAAUUCUUUUAUAUAGAUCUCUCAAAUGUCAGUGAUUAUAUUCCCUUCUUCAGCUCUGGCAGCUUCAAGUUCAUUCAAUAUAGCAUUCCCAAGUGAGAUAAUCAAUGUGAUGAUGAUGAAAUAUAUGAUGGAAGGAAUAGAAGAACUGAAUUCACAAUCUCAUUAUCAUCCACAUCCAGAUCUGCUGUUGAAAUCUUCCAUCGAAUCCGCUGUU